UUUAGCAACCAAAGGACACAAUGAGAUUAGAUGAAACGAUGCUGGUCAAACAGUUGCUGCCAGAAAUCUGCCAUUUUCUUCACACCUGUCGCGAAGGAAACCAGUGUGCAGCUGAACUUCGGAAUUGUGCCUCUGGGGUUUUAUUUUCUCUCAGCUGCAACAACUUCAAUGCAGUCUUUAGUCGCAUUUCUACCAGGUUACAGGAAUUAACUGUUUGUUCAGAAGACAAUGUUGAUGUUCAUGAUGUAGAAUUGUACCAGUAUAUCAAUGUGGAUUGUGGAAAAUUAAAACGACUCCUGAAGGGUAAGUUUAAAUGUAUAAUAUAUCUGAAAAAAAUCACUGGGUCAAAAACCAGUAUCAUGAAUGUACUAAUUAUAUUAAUCGUGCUGAACUAGAACAUCAAACUGGAUUUUAUAAUGACAUUUCCUUGUGAAAUAACCAGUAAUACAUAUGGUUAAUUAUUUUUCAAUCUUUGAAAAUAAUGCAGUAGAGAAAAUGAGCAUUUUAAAUCUUGGCAAUGGAAAGUUUUGCUUAACUACAAUUUUUGUUUUCAAUACAGAGAAUGCAAGGGUGCUAUUAUUUCAUUUUUCUGGAAUUUGAUCUCUCAAGGCAGGCUAUAGGUUACAGAAGCUAUCUGUUUAGCUAUUAUAGCGCUUUACAAAAUUGUCUGUAGUGGGAUAUCAAAGUUUUAUUGCAGAAUGGAACGAGGAGAUUGUGAUGUUAUGGUGAGAGGAUGAAUUGAGCCAGAGAUUUCAUUUCUGACAUUUCUGUUUUCAGCUCUCUACUGACUCACUUUACAGCAUUACAAAGUCCCUUAACCUUCCAUUGCCUGGUUUUGUCUCCUUGUAGAACAAGUCAGUAGUAGUUCCACAUGGGGAUAUUGUAACACCUAAUAUGUGACUUUAAAGCUUUGGAAGUACUUUACAUGAUUAUGUGGAUUGAAAUAAAUGAUCAGAAGGAAUUGAUAUA